AUGAUGAAAUUGACAAGCUGUGGCACUGCAGCAGCAUUGCUCAUGAUGGUUGCUGCUCAACAAGCUCAAGCGCAAUCGCCCACUUCUUCCGGUAUUCUUGCUGUACAAUCACCUACUUGGUUACCCGAUUUCCCCAAGCCAUCGGGUGUUGUUACUAGCUAUCCUACUGGUCCUGCUGAUACUGGUGCCACCCUCGAUAAGACAACUCUCAACUUGACUGCAUAUCCCGAACCAUGGGGCAAACCAACCACUGAUCAUCCUGAAAUCAAGGCUGUUAUGGAUGCCAUUGAUUGGGACCAUGUUCCCAAUGCUACUAUUCACAAGGCCAAAUCCAAUGGUGAUCUUGACAUGGAUGGUUACGAUGAAACUAAUGAUCCCUACUGCUGGUGGUCUGAUACCAAUUGUAUCAAGCCUAAGGUGUCUUACUUGCCAGAGGACAUUUACUAUUGCCCCAACGUUGGUGAUUGGGGUUUGAACUUUGAUGAUGGCCCAUACAAUCCUAGUGAUGAUGAUCCAAUUCUUAACAAGUAUUCAGAGCCUGAGCUUUACAACUUUUUGGCCGAACACAAUCAAACCGCCACUCUCUUUUACAUUGGUUCCAACGUUGUAACCUAUCCUGCUGCUGCACGUCGUGCUCUUAACAAUGGACACGUUCUUUGCAUUCACACAUGGUCUCAUCCUCAAAUGACGGCUCAAACAAACGAACAAGUGGUUGCCGAGUUCUAUUGGUCGCUUCGUGCCGUCAAAGAGGCAACAGGCGUGACCUCAAAAUGCUGGCGCCCUCCUUAUGGCGAUGUUGAUGAUCGUGUGCGUGCCAUUGCAUGGCAAAUGGGUAUGCGUACCAUCGUCUGGGACCAAGAUACCAAUGAUUGGGAUAUGCCUGGUGACGGUGGUGGAAACCUUAGCCCUGAUACUGUCAAUGGCUUUUUUGAAGAUUGGAUUAACUCUCGCAAAAACGGCACCGACAAUGAGCAUGGUCACAUCACUCUUGAACACGAAUUGAACAAUGCCACUGUACAAAUGGCUGAAAAAUGGUUGCCAGAAUUGCAAAAGAACUUCAAUGUCGUCAACAUUCAGCAAUGUAUGAACAUCUCUCAGCCUUACUGGGAGACCGAUUUUGUUUACCCCACUGAAAAGGAUCCCAAGCCUGCUCAAAACAGCACUGCUUCUUCUUCGGCUGCAUCAUCUGGUGCUAGUGCUAGCAGCACCUCUGCCGCUUCUGGUUCUGCAUCCGAUGGUGGCGAUAGCCAAAACCAAGAGGAUGGCCAAGACACCAGUAUGGCCGUUACUUCAUUUACCGCCACAUCUGCUUGGGCCAUUUCCUUGCUCUCGGCUGGUGCCUUUUACCUCGUUCAGUAA